CAGUGUUAAAGGAACUAAUCAAAAUUCGAAUUCCAAUUAAUCAAAAUUAAAAUUAAAUAAAUGAGGAAGACGAAGCUUUGUUGAUCAAUGGCGAUUUACAGAUCUCUGAGAAAGCUAAUUGAAAUCAAUCACCGGAAAACUAGACCAUUCUUCACCGCCGCCACCGCCGCAUCGCCUUCCGGCGGAACCGUUUCUCUUAUCCCUCCGCAGUUUUCGCCGUUGUUCCCACAUUUCUCACACCGCUUAUCUCCGCUUUCGAAAUGGUUCGUUCCUCUUCAUGGACCUCUCUUCCUCUCUUCUCCUCCUUGGAAACUUCUCCAGUCUGCGACACCUUUGCAUUGGCGCGGAAAUGGCGCUAUUUUGAAGAAGGUCGAAGCUCUGAAUCUUAGAUUGGAUCGAAUUAGAAGUAGAACUAGGUUUCCUAGACAUUUAGGGUUACAGUCUGUGGUACCAACGGUGGAUCGCAACGAUUCGAAGGAAGAAGAUGGUGGAAUACUUAAGAGUUUUGUUAAUGUCCCUAAUUUGAUAUCAAUGGCAAGAUUAGUGUCUGGUCCUGCGCUUUGGUGGAUGAUUUCGAAUGAGAUGUAUACUUCUGCUUUCGUAGGCUUGGCUGUUUCUGGAGCUAGUGAUUGGUUAGAUGGUUACGUGGCGCGGAGGAUGAAGAUUAAUUCUGUGGUUGGCUCUUACCUUGAUCCUCUUGCAGACAAGGUUCUUAUCGGAUGUGUCGCAGUAGCAAUGGUGCAGAAGGAUCUCUUACAUCCUGGACUGGUUGGAAUUGUGUUGUUACGGGAUGUUGCACUCGUUGGUGGUGCGGUCUACCUAAGGGCACUAAACUUGGACUGGAAGUGGAAAAAUUGGAGUGACUUCUUUAACCUAGAUGGUUCAAGCCCUCAGAAAGUAGAACCAUUGUUUAUAAGCAAGGUGAAUACAGUUUUCCAGUUGGCUCUAGUCGCUGGUGCAAUACUUCAACCCGAAUUUGGGAAUCCAGAUACCCAGACAUGGAUCACUUAUCUAAGCUGGUUAGUUGCUUCGACGACUAUGGCUUCAACUGCAGCUUAUGGGGUACAAUACUGGAAGAAGAGACCUAUCUCUAUGAUUAAGAGAUCAUAGUUUCAGACAUUUAUUAAUAACUUCACACGACAGCCCCAUACCGAAAGAAGCUUAAACAUGUGUUGUUGUUUUCCGGAAUACGCAGCUCACACUGUUUUCACUGCAAACUUAAAUAUAGGGAAAGGAAGAACUGGUUAACAUUUGAAAAAAGGAUGUCUUGGCUUUUUCUUGUACAAAAAAAUAGGCUUCUCUUAUUUUUCUUUUCUUCCCAUCUGGUAAAAAUUAUUCUGAAGAUGGGUGAUCUAUAAAAUUAAAUUUCUUAGGAAAAUGAAGCGACUUCUGGCACUUUGC